AUGGCGGCGGCGGCCGCGCUGUGCCUGGGCCGGGCCCCGCGGCCGCCGCUGCCGCUCGUGGUGAUCCUGGGAGCCACCGGCACCGGGAAGUCGGCGCUGGCGCUGCAGCUCGGGCUGCGCCUCGGCGGGGAGAUCGUCAGCGCCGACUCCAUGCAGGUGUACAAGGGCUUGGACAUCAUCACCAACAAGGUUUCUCCUCAGGAGCAGCGUCUGUGCAGGCACCACAUGAUCAGCUUUGUGGAUCCCCUUGUCUCCAACUACACAGUGGUGGAUUUCAGGGACAAAGCCGUGGCUCUGAUUGAAGAUAUCUUUGCCCGAGACAAGAUCCCGAUUGUUGUGGGAGGAACCAACUACUACAUCGAGUCCCUGCUCUGGAAGGUCCUUAUCAACACCAAGGAGAAGACCAGCACUGCCCCUGGGCCGGCCAGCGACAGGAAGGUGGAGCUGGAGCAGCUGGACAGUGCUGAGCUCCAUCGCCGCCUGAGCCAGGUGGACCCGGAGAUGGCAGCCAAGCUGCACCCCCACGACAAGCGCAAAGUGGCCAGGAGCCUCCAAGUGUUUGAAGAGACAGGGAUCCCCCAUAGUGAAAUCUUGCACCAGCAGCAGGAGGAGGAAGGUGGGGGCCUAGGUGGGCCCCUGAAAUACCCACAUUCCUGCAUCCUGUGGCUCCAUGCAGACCAGGCAGCUCUGGAUGCCCGGCUGGAGAAGCGGGUGGAUGACAUGCUGGCUGCGGGGCUGCUGGAGGAGCUGCGGGACUUCCACCGCCGCUACAACCACCAGAAGGUGGCUGAGAACUGGCAGGAUUACCAGCAUGGCAUCUUCCAGUCCAUUGGCUUCAAGGAAUUCCACGAGUACCUCGUCAGUGAAGGGAAUUGCUCACCUGAGACCAGUGCCCUGCUGCUGCAGAAAGGGAUCCAGGCCCUCAAACAGGUGACCAAGAGAUACGCCCGGAGGCAGAACAAAUGGGUCCGAAACCGCUUCCUGAAACGUCCAGGGCCCAACGUGCCACCAGUGUAUGGCCUGGAGGUGUCCGAUGUCCAGCGGUGGGAGGAGGAUGUGCUGAAACCUGCUCUGGAGAUUGUGGAGAGCUUCAUCCAGGGACGGGAGCCCCCGGCAGAGCCCCUGAAGAUGGAGCACGAUGCGACCGAGAACAAGCGGAGCCAUCGCGUGUGCGAGCUCUGCGACAGGCUCAUCAUCGGGGACAGGGAGUGGGCAGCUCACACACGAUCCAAAUCCCACCUGCACCACCUGAAGAAGAGGAGGAAGCUGGAGGCAGCCAGGGGUGCUGCAGGGACUGCUGGUGACAGUGGGGACACAGAGACCUCGGAUGAGGAUGGCAGCCUGCCUGUGCCAUAGACCUUGGAAACCAGCUGGCAAAGAGGAUCAGCCGUGCAUCCACCUGCAUGGCGAGCAAGCACCUGAGUCCCAGGCGGCCUUGAACCAGGGAGCUGAGUCAUUCCUUUUGGGAUGAGGCGGGUGCGUGACAGGGAAGGCUGCAUUGGAUCCUCUUCAUGUGGCCUCAUCCCGCCCUGUUCCCAUGCUUCCCCAGCCCUGCCUGGAAAGGGCUGGGCCCCGGGGCAAGGCUGCUGGGAGCGUCCUCCCAUGCAAAGUGUGAAUUCCUGCCAGAGAGGCAGCGUUAUCCUUGGAAUGGUUGAGCUGAUGCUGCUGGCAUGCGGACGUGUGGAUCCCAGAGACAGAAAUACCCCGACUCCUCCAGCUUGGCCAGGAGGGAGCUGCCUUUAUUGUGGAGAGGAUAAUUUUUUUGUUCUUUUAUAUGGAAAUAAAGUUGCAGGAUUAUUGUGGGUUCCCCUCCCUGUUAA